GGUUUGAUACAUUGUUUAUUUAGGCAAAUCAAGUCUGACAUUUUAAAAUGGAAAAUACAAACUUACAAAGCCUUUUGUAAUACAAUACAAGUUUGCAUUUCUUGUUCUGCAGUACAAAUCUCAGAAACAAAAGAGUGAUCAACUUAAGAUCCUACAUCUGUACAGACAGACAGACAUACAGACCUUCAGGCAGACUUGGUCUAUAGAAAUAGGCCGUUUCAGUGUUCUGAGUGGAUAUGUGGAUAGGUAACUAACUCGAUGAUGUCACAAUGCCCCUUUUCCAGGGACGGAGCACUAGUUAUUAUAAGGGAACAUUAUGAGGUAACAUGUUGCCAAGGAAACACACUUAUGUCAUAAUCUAAGACCACAUUAAAACUGUCAGACAAGCUCAGGUAGAGCGCAUUAGCUACAUUUGAAUGAUCUCUCAACCGAUAACUGAUUUGAUUGAUUACAACAAUACCUUGUUACAACAACCUUGUCGUGACAUGGGUCAGAGACUAAGUGACCCUGUCCCUGAGGUAUCCCCUAGGGAGAAUCCAAAGGAGACACAGGAACAUAAAGAUAAACCCAAGGAGAAGAGGAUCCCUCAAGCCCUGACCUUUCUUCAGCUGUUUACACUGCUGAGCUGCGUCAAGGUGAAGAAAACACCCUUUGAUCCCUCCCAGAGUGGUGAGGGGAGAAAGGGAACGACGAUAAACGAGACGAACAACAAUAAUGACUCUGAUACUGGUGACGUGAAAAGGAUCAAGGACAAGAGUAAAGGAAAGGUUGGGGGAGAGAAACAUUGCAUUGAAUCUCAGGACCACAAAUGCAGAACCACACCGGAAAAAGAAAAAUACAUUAAACAAAGACCUAACUCGGAGAAAGCAAAGGAGACCCAGCAGAAAGAGAAGAAGAGCACCCAUCCAGCUGUGGCGGCCCUGCAGCUGUUCACUCUCUUCUGCUGUGGUGGGAAAGUCAAGCUGAGGAAGACUCGUCCCUCUCAGAACAGACAGAGUAGAAAGGACCAGAACAAAGAUAAUGCAUCUGAUACUGGCUCGGACUUGUCUGGAGGUGAUGUUACAACCAAAAGGGUAAAGGACAAGAGUAAGGGAAAGGUGGGGAGGGAGAAAGACCAGACUGAAUUUCAGCUGUUGAAAUCAUCUCAAGACCACAAACCCAUAAGUACAACACCAGAAACAGACAAGGGAACUAAUUCGGGACAAAGACCUAACUCUGAAAAUCGAAGGACACCCCGGCAAGUGAAGACCCCUGUGGAGGAAAUUUACAUAAGACCUGACUCUCCGACUCUACCACGUGCCCACAGCUCCCUCUCUCAGUUUUCCCUGGCAAGGAACCUGCCCAUCCACCUGUUGGAGUGGCAGCUACCUGGAGUCCCUCUGACCACCUCGUCUAUGGCAACUAGGACAGAGAGAAAGCCAUCCUCUACCAACACUUCGACACACGCACAGAUGGAAACACAGACAACAGAUAUGAACACAGACUCACAGACCACUGCCACCUCUCAGAGCCAGAUCUCCACGGUCUCAUCGGAGACCAUGAUAGAUGUUCACACGUCAGACUCCAUUACCCAGACCUCCACUCUUGACAUGGCCCUGACACCUGACAGCACUAAGGACAUGAUCACUACUGAUGAGGAUGUGAAGGAUGACUCUGCUAAAGAUUUGAUCUCCACCCUAACAGACACCUCUAUGGAGAAAUCCAUCAGUGAGAUCAGCCUGAAAGACCUCAUCGCUGAGUAUGAAGAUGACAAUGAGCUGAAGGAUAUGGCUGCCUCCGCUAUCCCUGAUACUGAUAAUGCCAAUGAGGAUGCAAAGCUGCUGGAGCAUGCAGCACUUUAUGACUUCAUGUUGACAGUGGAGACCGAGCUGCCUCUGCAUCUCUGAAGAGUCAAUAGGCCUAAUGAACAUUUCAAUGUAGCAAAAGCUAUACUAUGAUCAAUUAAUAAAACAUUUUUUAUGCAGCAAAUUCUCACUACUGUUGACAU